UCCACCUUCCAACACAAAUUGGAAGUAAAUAGUAGCUGGCGCAUGCUGCCCCAGACCAAGGAUACCCUCAACUUCAAGUUUCAAUGGCUGCUCAGCGAAGGCGCCAUUUAGGAACACCCCUGAUGGUUCGCUAACAGGGCCUCACGAGGACCCCUUGUUGGCCUCCUCGCAGCCCCCCUGGCGUGCACCCCCUCGCUCCUCAAAAUGGAGCCCAAGAGCGUCAUCGACGGGCUGGGGGAAGAGAUCACUGCGAUCGUGACACCUGUCUCCAUCUGCAUGCUGGUGGUGGUCUGUCUGGUGCACGGGCUGACCCCCCACGGGUCAGACAGUGGUGUGUCCCCUUUCAUCGCCACCUCAUUCUACCACGAAAAGAGCACCGACUCGGCAGAGACAAAGCUGGGGGGGGCGCUCCUGAACGCGCUCAUUUUCAUCGUGGCGGUGGCAGCAAUCACGUUCGUGCUCGUGGCGCUGUUCUACUUCCGGUGCACUAAGGUCAUCUGGGGCUACAUGGGCUUCUCCGGCUUCACGAUCCUGGCCCUCCUCGGCGGCAUCCUCGGGAUCCAGAUCAUCCAGGCCGCGAGCAUCCCUCUCGACAUCAUCACCUUCUCAAUCGUCCUCUGGAACUUCUCAGUUGUGGGCGUUCUGGCCGUCUUCUUCUGGAAGAUGCCCAUCUUCCUGAAACAGGGUUACCUCGUGUUUAUCGGCGCCGUGGUUGCGUUCUGGUUUACGAAGCUCCCGGAAUGGACCACCUGGACUGUACUAGCUGCGAUGGCGCUCUACGACCUGGCCGCGGUGCUGGCGCCCGGGGGCCCACUCAAGUUAUUGGUGGAGAUGUCCAUCGAGAGGGAUGAGGACAUCCCCGCAUUGAUCUACGAGGCGCGGCCCACGUCGCUCUCCCGGGGGGAGGCCAUGACGGGCCGAGGCCGGCAGAACGAGUCAGAAGCCGCGCCUGGCAGGCGACGGCGGCAACAACGCUCUGGAGGUGCGGACGAUGGCAUAGAGCAGCUAGCUGUUGCCACGCGAGACUCUGGAGCGAGCGACCCUAGACCUAGCUCGUCUUCAGCGAAUGGCGCGCAAUUGUCAAGCACAUCAAACAACAACAGGGCAGCAGGCUCUGGAAGUCAAGGCUUGUUAGCGGAGACGAACGCCCCAGAGAGCCAGGAACUAACACGGUUAGGGGCAGGUACGUCGUCAAGUCGCGGGCAGGUUAGGGCAGAACAGUCCGCGGUUAGUGGGCGGUUAAGAGGCAGACGAACGGGAUCCGAACGGACGGCUAACGAGGGUUUACCCGGGUCAGGGAGCCAAGGAGAGAUUGAUGAGGGGGAGAGUGCACCGCUGGUGGGGGGGACGCAGAGAGGGGGCGCGGAGGGGGGGGAAGAGGAGGCCCGAAGCAGCGGAGAAGGGGAAGAUGGGCUGGGGUAUGAUGAAGAGGAGUGGGGCUUGCCGGAUGCGAUAAAGCUGGGCCUGGGCGACUUCAUUUUCUACAGUCUCCUGGUGGGCCGAGCCGCGAUGUACGACCUGAUGACCGUGUACGCGUGCUACCUGGCGAUCAUAGCCGGGCUCGGGGCGACCCUGGUGCUGCUAGCUGUGUACCGGCAUGCUUUGCCAGCUCUGCCCAUCUCGGUGGCCCUAGGAAUGGUGUUCUACUUCAUGACACGGAUUGUGGUGGAGCCGCUCGUUGUUGGACUCGCCACGAACCUCCUAUUCUUUUAGCAGUCAACAAAAGAAAGACCUAGGAUCUGCUAACACAUGAUGCUCGACUGCUUGAAUCAGUGAGGUCUGUUCCCUGUCUGUGAUAGUACGUUAAAUUUACUAGGCGGUCGGGUUCGAGGUUGCUCAAUGAACAGUCUGCGGAAGAGGUACAGGAGUAAUGCUCAGGGGCGAAGAAAGUGCUACCACCUCAUGCUAUGAGUGACCCGACAGUCAUAGAGCUGUUCGAGAGCUUGAUGGUCGUUGCGUUUGCAGUCUUCGAACGCACAUUAUGUCCGUAUAUGUCCAGAUCAUAUGGCCCCACCCAGCACGGCCAUGUAGGUAAACCUCUAUCGACCUGCAAAUUAACUAAUUGUACGUCGACUCAGAUCGAUUCGCUGACCGCACCGUUGUCC